AAAGCGAGCUUGACAAAUCCCGGAACUAUGCGUGGAUUGUGAAAGUAGGAUAUUUCUCUAUAAUUUACAGUUUUGUCCAACAUUUUUUUAUCAUAGUGCAUACAUAGGCAUAACCAAUUCACUUCGAAUGUUAAACGGUAUGCGUGCUUCAUUUUGUGUACUUUAUAAGUUGACAACAUUGUUGGUAAAUUUGUUGAAGUUAACGUUACAGUCUAUUGGAUUUCCGACUAACGUAACGUCUCAGUUCCAGAUUCAGUUCUGUAUUUCAAUUCAACGCCGCUGAAUCUCAUUAGCCUACUGCUCCUUUCGUUCGGAAAUCAACUAUUGAUACUUUUUCAUAAUGAGAUAUUGCGCUUUAUUAUUAACAAUGUAUGCGCUGCUCUCAUCUCAAUGCUAGAGGGAUAUACCGAGGUCGGACCAGGUAGACAGCCACCAUGGCUGCUGUGCAGGACUCUAUCUACAUGAAAUCCUCUGACCUUAUCAAAAAGGAGCCGCUGGACUACGGCGGCUUCGGUACCGUGUACCUGUGCUAUCACAAAACCCUCGGUCAGGUGGUUCUGAAGACCGUCUACACCGGGCCACCGCGCAAUGAGGGCAAUAAGCAGUCCCUGCUAGAGGAGGGCAGCCUGAUGACCAGACUGAACCAUGAGCGGGUGGUCAAGCUGCUGGGGGUGAUCCUGGAGGAUGGGGACUACUCUCUGGUCAUGGAGCUCAUCCCUAAAGGCAACCUACUGGCCAUGCUGGACCAGGUUUCUGUGCCGAUAUCUAUCAAGGGCAGGAUCAUAUUGGAGAUUCUGGAGGGGAUGGUGUACCUGAUGAAGAACUGUGUCAUACACAAGGAUCUCAAACCAGAAAACAUACUGGUGGACAAGGAUUUUCAUAUUAAGAUUGCAGACCUGGGCCUGGCCACCUGUCAGACGUGGAGCAGACUGACUAAGGAGGAGUCUCGCAGGCAGAGCCGGCUAGGACGUAUGGGGGCUGGGGGAGGGGGGGCCAGGGCAGCUGGUACUCUGUGCUACAUGGCUCCUGAGCACCUUGACAGCAUCCAUACACGCUCCUCUGAGAAGUCUGACAUCUAUAGCUUCGCUAUUGUCGUCUGGGUCAUCCUCACUGCCAGUGAGCCCUUUGAAAAUGCUCGGAGUGAGGACCAUAUCUGCCAGUGUGUCCGUAAAGGCGAUCGUCCAGAUGAAUACCUCAUCCCUGAUUAUACUCCUGUAGAGAUCAUAGAGCUAAUGAAGAGAUGCUGGCAUCAGGAUCCACAACUACGGCCAACAUUCGGAGAGGGCUACAACUUCUUCCUGCCCGUCUACAGGGAGAAGUUGGAGCCAGAUGUAGAAAGGGACUCACUUGGUCUCAGAGACUUGUACGAGGGGCCUGAGGAGAUGGUGGAGAAGAUGAAAUCUUUAUCGAUGCCUCCUGAGAGCCUUACAGCAGACCGGCCAGCUCCCUUGCUGAGCUCAGACAGUGCUGGGGCUGUCCGUAUAGAAGCUGGUCCAGUGGAGGCCAGCAUUGAGGACCUUAACCUCUUCCUUCCCUGUGAGCCUUCCCUAAUCCAGCCAGAUGCCCGGGCCCUCGGCCCCAUCAGCACCCCCUCGGGUAUGGAGCUCAACCUGGUCAGUAGUUGGAGGUCAAACCUGGAUGUCAAAUUAGCCCAGGAGUUGGAGUACCACAAAUUCGGCAGCUACUGCCGGAUGGACCAGCCUGACUUCAGCCCCUACCCUCACCAUGCCACCCCACAGCGCCUCUCCUCACAGGACCUCACUACCACCAGAGGCCUCCCAGACCUCAGGCCCUCUCAGCCCCCAGUGUCCUCUGUCCAGUCUUGGACCAAAACCCAGGCCGUCCAGCCCAGCAGCGUGGAGGUGGACCCCCUCCUCAAUCUCUCUGACCUAGGCCUGUACGAGUCAGCGGCCCCCUCCGGUACUACCACACCAAGACACCAGCUGUCAAGCCACAUCCCUGAGUCCACCAGCAGCCCAUCUCUGAGCCAGGGCAAGUACUCCCCCCAGCAGCAAUAUCCCUACGCCCAGUAUGACCGCCUCCAGUCCUGGCCAGCCUACCCAGUGCCAGAGUCAGCUGCCCCAGACCUCACUGCAGGGCUGCGCCUGAACUCGGGUGCCAAGGUUGGACCUUCACAAGACCCAGCAGGCCUGUUUAUCCAGAACGCCAGUGGGAUCCAGAUAGGCAGCAACAACACACUCAGCAUCAGGGGUCAUGAGUCCUACAGCAGCUUAGCCAGCUCUCUCUCCAACGGAGCCAACUCAUUCUCUCUGCUCAAAGAAAACCUGCCGAUGUACGAGGACCAGGCUGUGACUGAGGAGCACCUGGAUCUCCUGAGAGAUAACAUCGGGAAGGACUGGAAGCGCUGCGCCCGUCGUCUGGGCCUGAGCGAGGUGGAGGUGGAGACCAUCGACCAUGACUACCAACGUGACGGGCUGCCUGAAAAGGUGCACCAGAUGCUGGAGCGCUGGAGGAUGAAGGAGGGCUGUGUGGGCUGCACCGUGGGCCGGCUCUGCAGAGCCCUGGAGAACUGUGUUAAAGUCGACCUGUUGAAGAGGCUUCUGUACUCCAGCGGGACCAACAGUUCUCUGACAAACUCCUGGCCCGGCCCCAGAUGGUGUACUAGUGUACCCAGACAGCAACAACAGGACUUGGGUACUCACUUGUCAUCAUGAAGUGCUUUGAGAGGCUAAGGAUCAUAUCACCUCCACCUUACCUGACACCCUGGACCUACUACAAUUUGCAUACCGCCCCAACAU